AUGGGAAGUAAUCUACGAAUACCUAGACAAGCGGUCGUAGGGUACACUUGGGACGUUGAGGAUAUCGUCGGGGUAGUCAUAGCUGUAAUUUUCUUCCUCUUCAUUAUCGUGGCUAUAAAUGCUGCAGCAUGGGGAUGCUGCGGCAACGCACAACGGAGACAGCAACAGCAACCUGCUCAAGAGGAGCAUGAGCUACAACAGUCCACAGGUGCGCCGCAGAAUGCACCACAGAGCUAA